AUGUCUUCAAUUGCUGCCAUGGCUUCCCGCCGGGCUUUCGCCCGUCAGUCUCUUUUCCGGGCUGCCCCGCGCCGAAACUACAGCUCCAAGCUUGAGGAGGCCACCCUCGACAAGGCCCCAAGCGCGACCCCGAGCUCUACGUUCUGCUCGGUGUCAUGUCCGGAGCUUUCCUGAUUGCUGGAUGGUACUUCGGUAGAAAGCCCACCUCGGUCACCUCUGAGAGCAACGUUCGUAUCGGCGAGAGCUCCAUGCCUUGGGAGCGCGAUGACGACGGCAAGAUCUACAAGUACCAGUACCACCCUCACGGUGACAAGAGCCAGCCCCUCAGAAACGCUCCCAGCGCUCUGAACACCGUCAUUGUCCCCAAUGUCACUCUGCCCGUGGACCUUCACGAGCGCUUCAACAAGUACGGUAAGGAGGAGUGGGACUACUAAAUGGGGCAUAUGGCGGAGGAUCGAAAGCUAGAGGCGAACAUCGGAUGUGUUCCGAUGUUGAUUGCUGUACACUAAAAGCGACUGAGAGGACUAGAGUUUGGGGUGCAGAUUCAUGCCAGAGCUUUGUGUGCAUAGUAUGUUUUGAUGGAAGUCAAUACGUGGAUCAAUUGUUCUUUUUCAUCCUAUUUUUUGCAGAACUGUCAGGCAUUAUCCUACAGUGGGUACGGUUCGCAUGAAGAAUUUGUGGAAAUCACACGUUUAAUCGCACAUUUCAUUCGGUCAAGAAGAAUAUUGUUCAACAGAAGAGAUACUGAAACCGAC